CCACAACAUGGCUGCGGCGCCGGGGCUGCUCUUCUGGCUGCUCCUGCUCGGGCCGCCCUGGCGGGUCUCGGGCCAGCCGGACCCGGACCCCGGCCGGCGCUUCUCGCAGCACAAACUCUGCGCGGACGACGAAUGCAGCAAAACUGUGUAUUUGGCCAACAAAAAGAAAAUUACUGCUUCUACCAAUUUCUAGAUCGAGUGCGAUUUAAGUCCUGCAUUUUAAGACUGAAGUGUUAAUGUACCGGGGUGAGGCUCUAGAAGAUUUUACAGGCCCGGAUUGUCGUUUUGUGAAUUUUAAAAGAGGUGACUCUGUAUAUGUCUACUAUAAACUGGCAGGGGGAUCUCCUGAAGUUUGGGCUGGAAGUGUUGGGCGUACUUUUGGAUAUUUUCCAAAGGAUUUAAUCCGUGUAGUCCAAGUAUAUACUCAAGAAGAGCUACAAGUUCCAACAGAUGAGACAGAUUUUGUUUGUUUUGAUGGGGGAAGAGAUGAUUUUGAUAAUUAUAAUGUAGAAGAACUUUUAGGAUUUUUGGAAUUGUACGAUUCUGCCACUGGAGAUUCUGAGGAAGUUAAAGAAAAAACUUCUCAACAUGUGGAAGAACCUCCUGAAGCAUCUAAGGGAAGUGACCCUGAACCUGAGCCAGUAGAACCCAACUCAGAGGAAAGUGAAAGUAUAUUAUCAGAAAACACUAAGGAACUCAGGGAAAGAUAUGAGGCUCAGAAGAGCCAACCCCAUGUAAAUAGUCAAACAGGUCAUGCUCAGGGAGAGCAAUCUUCACUUGAACCUUUUGGAGAAAUGCUGCAAGAUAAGUUAAAAGUGCCAGAAAGUGAAAACAACAGAACCAGCAAUAGUUCUCAGGUCUCGAAUGAACAGGAGAAGAUUGAUGCUUAUAAACUUUUGAAAACAGAAAUGACUCUGGACUUGAAAACCAAAUUCGGCUCAACUGCUGAUGCACUUGUAUCUGAUGAUGAGACAACCAGACUUGUCUCUUCGUUAGAGGAUGAUUUUGAUGAGGAAUUGGACGCUGAGUAUUACACAGUGGGGAAGGAAGAAGAGGACAAUAAAGAAGAUUUUGAUGAGCUGCCGUUACUCACCUUUACAGAUGGAGAAGAUAUGAAAACUCCAGUGACCUCUGGAGUUGAGAAACAUUCAACAGAGAAAGAGCAGAAUUCAAAUGAAGAGCAUACAGUGGAGGAAAUUCGGCCCCCUUCCAUCAAAAACAGUGAUAAAAAUAUAUUAACAACCUGGGAAGAUACCAUGUUCUCUGAUGUCACAGAGGGUAAAGAAAACACAGGUACAGAUUUAGAGAGGUCUGAUUCAAAGGAGGAAAAGGAAAGGGAUGUUGCAUUAGUCCUGGAGAGCACAUUGGGGAAACCACAGCCAGCUGCUGAUCACAGUGACCCUGAGAAGGCAGCAGACAGCCUUUUGAAUGCACAAGUCCCCGCAACGAAUAAUGACGAAGACCCAGAAGCGGACCCAGAAUUUGACAUUAAAGGAAAAGGGAGGAAGGUCGAGGAACCAGAGAGGGACCUGGUGCAGGAUGCGGUGGGAUCAGAGGAUGAGAAGCACGAAGGCAUGACUGUGCAUGCUUCUCCCCCAGGCGGCCCCCUCAGCCCUUCGCCACCUGCUGAAAAGGGCGCGGAAACAUUACAGUCAGCCUUUGCUCACCAAGAGAGUGACCUAAAAGGAGCAGCUGUUCAUAUCUCAAAGGAAAUGCCCCACAAAGAAAAGCCACGAGGGCAGAGUUUGGAAGGUGCCUCCAAGAGUGAAUCGGUACCCGAAGCGGCAGGGAAUCAAAGGGACGAAGGGAAGAUGACACAGGAGUCCGUGGGUUUGGCACCCCUCUUGGGUGAACGUGAGCGUAAUGCUUCCAAAGACAGCGAGCAGGACGGAGAUGGUGCAGCAGAUGGACCGAAACCACACACGCUUCCAGGGGAGCAUCCGAGUGAGGAACUUAUAAAGGAACGGCUUCUUAAACCUCAAAAUCAGACUAGAGGCUCCUCCCCAGAUGAAAUUGGUUUGCUAAGAAAACUGGAAGAAGAGGGUCCCAUUCUGGGAAGAAAUCUUUCCUGGCAGCAAGGAGAUGUGGCUGCCACAGGGAGUAAGCAAGUGAGUGAGAAGAGAAGGCUCUCUGAGGAAGAGGUCACAGAGGACGCCCCAGGUGAAGGGCUUGUCCGUCACAAGCCUUUGCCGGUCACGCAGGAGGUAGGAAAAACACGCCAAGCUCAUACCACUGAAGAACCAGGUGUCCACACUGAGAAACCAGAAGCAGAAGAUGACGAUUAUAGCCCCGAAGAACUACUGGAGGAUGAAAAUGCUGUAAGUGCAAAACAGUCUAAAGAAAAAAGCCCUGAGAUUCAAGACAGGUUAGAUGUGGACCUGCAAGUCCCUGAAAAAGCUGUUUUAGGCGCCAUUAAGACUGAUCUAGAAGCUGAAGAAAACAAAGAAGAAACUAGUAAUAUAUCAGAAAAUGAAAGAAAAAAUGAGACUGCAAGUAAAGAGGUAGACAGUCUAGUUAGGGACCCAGGUAGUCCAGGGGUGGAAAAAGAAGAAAGCUCCCUUGUGGAUCAGAAAGCACAGAGACCCUCUGAAGGAAGUGACUUUCCUGGCAAGAAAGAAAAUCAGACUGCAGAGUUGGGUGAAGCGUCUCAGAAUAAAGGUCCUGAUUAUCUUAAAGAACACCCGAAGACCUCAGGGCUCGCAGAGAAGCCUGGGGUAGAACUCUCGAAAGAGGAUGAGGAGGAUGUAGAGAAAUUCGUGGGUGCAGGAAACCAGGGGUCUGCCCCCGAGGACCACAACACUGACCCAUUCCCCUGGGCUCCACAUAUACCCGUUCAGCCCAAGCACGUUGUCUAUAUAGAAGACUUGCCCAUAAUUAGCAGCUUCUUUAAAGAUCAGCAGUCUCUGCAGCGGUUCCGGAAGUACUUUGAUGUCCACGAGCUGGAAUCCAUGUUCCAGGAAAUGUCAUCCAAGCUGAAGUCGGCGCAGCGGGACAGCCUGCCCUAUAAUGUGGAGAAAAUCCUAGAUAAGGUCUUUCGUGCUUGGGAGUCACACAUUCUGAGUGAGGCAGAGAAGAUGCUCGAUGCUCAUGUGACCGAAAAUAGAGAUCUAGAGAUGAAGGACAGUAGCAUCUUUGAAGAGGCUGCAGUGCUUGAUGAUGUUCAAGACCUGAUCUAUUUUGUCAGGUACAGACACUCCACGGUGGAGGAGACGGCACCCCCAGCCAUGGCACAGCCUUCAGAGGAAGGCUGGGGUGGACCAGCGGAAGACAUUCAAGCACCGCUGGAGGAGAACUUCCCACAGGAGAGCUCCGACGUUCUUAUAAUGCAGAUUUCUGAAGAGCCCAGCCACUUGGAUCAACCCGUGACCAGUGACAUGGGUAUCUCAGAAGUGUCCCAGAAGCCGAAUACGCAGACGGACGGAGACCCAGGGAUAAUUACAACGGAAGAUUCUCUUAACGAUGCUGUUGACGCAAAAAAGCAACUGGAAACAAAUGCUGAAGAACCAGCAAGUGUCACACCUUUGGAGAAUGCAGUUCUUUCCGUGUAUUCGUUUGUGUUUUAUUUAACUAAGAUGCUAGUUGCUACAUUGCCUGAUGAUGUUCAGCCUGGGCCUGAUUUUUAUGGACUGCCAUGGAAGCCUGUACUUAUCACUGCCUUCUUAGGAAUUGUUUCAUUUGCCAUUGUCUUCUGGAGAACUGUCCUUGCUGUAAAGAGUAGAGUAUAUCAAGUCACUGAACGGCAGAUUUCUGAGAAGUUGAAGAAUAUCAUGAAAGAAAAUGCAGAACUUGUACAAAAAUUGUCAAGUUAUGAGCAGAAGAUCAAGGAAUCAAAGAAACAUGUUCAGGAAACCAAGAAACAAAACAUGAUUCUCUCUGAUGAAGCAGUUAAAUUUAAGGAUAAAAUCAAGAAUCUUGAAGAAACUAAUGAAAUUCUGGGUGACACAGCUAAAAGUUUGCAUGCUAUGUUAGAAUCUGAGAGAGAACAGAAUGCCAGGAAUCAGGACUUGAUAUCAGAAAACAAAAAAUCUAUAGAGAAGUUAAAGGAUGUUAUUUCAGUGAAUGCCUCAGAAUUUUCAGAGGUUCAAAUUGCCCUUAAUGAAGCUAAACUUAGUGAAGAGAAAGUGAAGUCUGAAUGCCAUCGGGUUCAAGAAGAAAAUGUUAGACUUAAGAAGAAGAAAGAGCAGUUGCAGCAAGAAAUCAAAGACUGGAGUAAAUCACAUGCUGAGCUCAGUGAACAAAUCAGAUCAUUUGAGAAGUCUCAGAAAGAUUUGGAAGUAGCUCUUACUCACAAAGAUGAUAAUAUUAAUGCUUUGACUAAUUGCAUUACACAGUUGAAUCAGUUAGAUUGUGAAUCUGAAUCUGAGGGUCAAAAUAAAGGAGGAAAUGAAUCUGAUGAAUUAGCAAAUGGAGAAGUGGGAGGUGACCGGAGUGAGAAAGUGAAAAGUCAGAUUAAGCAGCUGAUGGACGUUUCUCGGACACAAACUGCAAUAUCAGUAGUUGAAGAGGAUCUGAAACUUUUGCAAUUUAAACUUAGAGCCUCCAUGUCCACUAAAUGUAACCUGGAAGACCAAAUAAAGAAAUUAGAAGAGGAUCGCAGUUCACUGCAGUCUGCCAGAGCUGUACUGGAAGAUGAAUGUAAGACACUGAGGCAGAAAGUGGAGAUUCUGAAUGAGCUCUACCAGCAGAAGGAGAUGGCUCUGCAGAAGAAAUUGAGUCAAGAAGAGUAUGAGCGGCAAGAAAGAGAGCAGCGGCUGUCAGCUGCAGAUGAAAAGGCGGUUUUGGCAGCAGAGGAAGUGAAAACUUACAAGCGGAGAAUUGAAGAAAUGGAGGAAGAAUUACAGAAAACAGAGCGCUCAUUUAAAAAUCAGAUUGCUACUCAUGAGAAGAAAGCUCAUGAUAACUGGCUCAAAGCACGUGCUGCAGAAAGAGCUAUAGCUGAGGAGAAAAGAGAAGCUGCCAACUUGAGACACAAAUUAUUGGAACUAACCCAAAAGAUGGCAAUGCUGCAAGAAGAACCUGUGAUUGUAAAACCAAUGCCAGGAAGACCCAACACACAAAACCCUCCACGGAGAGGUCCUCUGAGCCAGAAUGGCUCUUUUGGCCCAUCUCCUGUGAGUGGUGGUGAAUGCUCUCCGCCACUGACGGCAGACCCACCUGCAAGACCUCUGUCUGCUACGCUUAAUCGAAGAGAGAUGCCUCGAAGUGAAUUUGGGUCAGUGGACGGGUCUCUGCCUCGUCCUCGAUGGUCAUCUGAGGCAUCUGGGAAACCCUCUGCUUCUGAUCCAGAAUCUGCUGCAGCUCCCAUGAUGAAUAGCAGCUCAAGAAGCUCUUCCCCCUCUAAGGUGAUGGAUGAGGGCAAGCAAACUGUCCCCCAAGAGCCUGAAGGCCCUUCCGUUCCCAGCAUUACGUCUUUGGCUGAGCAUCCAGUAGCAGUUAAUAUGGCUGCAAAAGGGCCCCCUCCUUUUCCAGUGGCACCUCUCAUGAGCUCCCCCGUGGGAGGCCCUCUACUACCACCCAUCCGAUAUGGACCACCUCCUCAACUCUGCAGGCCUUUCGGGCCUCGGCCACUUCCUCCACCCUUUGGUCCUGGUUUGCGUCCACCACUAGGCUUAAGAGAAUAUGCACCAGGUGUUCCACCAGGAAAACGGGACCUGCCUCUCAACCCUCGAGAAUUCUUACCAGGACACGCACCUUUUAGAGCUUUAGGCCCUCUUGGCCCAAGAGAGUACUUUAUUCCUGGUACCCGAUUACCACCCCCAGCCCACGGCCCCCAGGAUUAUCCACCUUCCUCUGCUGCGAGAGACUUACCGCCUCCCGGCUCCAGAGAGGAGCCUCCGCCUGCCUCUCAGAGCACUAGCCAGGACUGUUCACAGGCUUUAAAACAAAGCCCAUAACUGACCUCGGACAUUUAGUCUGAGAGAAAGUGGACUGUGCAUUAUUCGUUAUAGUAAAGGAUUUCAUUGGCAAAAGUUGAUUUUAAAAGGUUUGUUUUUAGAACUAAGCUGCCCUGGCAGUGUGCAUUUUUGAGCCAAACAGUUAAAAAUAUCAUUCCCCCCCAAAAUAAAAAUCCCCUCGUAAACUAGAGCCUCCUUACAACUUUGAAUUGUGCAAUAAAGAAUACCUGUGUUUUA